CCAAGCCAACCAGCCAAAAUUGUCCUCUGGAAGGACAGCACCCCAUUGUGUACCUACCGAUUCCCUGGAUUUUAACCCAAUCGGAUUCUACAAUGGCGGCUUUUUCAGCGAUUCUGUCUAUGGGUAUCGGAGCAAUUCGCCCGUCGUAUCCCUCUCUGUCCUCCUGUUUGCAACCGCUCCGGCACCAGACGUCUCUUCUCCGCUGUCCCCGGCUCGUCUCGAGAAACGAGAGGUCUUCAUUGAAGGGGAUCCUUCAAGCCUCCCCCCAGUCCAAUUAUGCAAGUGCCGAUGCAUCGGAGAAGUCGCCCGAAGAACAAUCUGAGAUUAUAUUUAUGGGGACUGGAACUAGCGAAGGGAUUCCUCGUCUCAGCUGCUUGACUAAUCCUCUGAAAACAUGUCCGGUCUGCACAAAAGCAACGGAACCUGGAAACAAGAAUAGGAGACUGAACACCAGCAUCCUGGUCCGGUACGUCAGACCAUCUGGAACAAGUAACAUACUAAUUGAUUGUGGCAAGUUCUUCUAUCAUAGUGCCCUUCGAUGGUUUCCCCUCUUCGGGUUAGUUGCUUCUCAUCGGUUGGCGAAUAUGAUCCAAUCUCAGAGUUAUUGCUCUAUCGAUUUUUUAACUGUUAGUCAGUGUUCAUUCCUUACCCUUGAACUCUAUUACGAUGACACCCUUUUUGUUGUCGGGACAUGUACUCCCGUUAUAACUUGCUGUGUUUCUGUCAGGCUAAGAACAAUUGAUGCGGUUAUAAUUACACAUUCUCAUGCUGAUGCAAUCGGAGGUCUUGAUGAUCUCCGUGAUUGGACAAACAAUGUCCAACCCCUCAUUCCAAUCUACACUGCUAUGCGAGAUUUCGAGGUGAUGAAGAAGACUCAUUAUUACUUGGUUGAUACAAGUGAGAUCAUACCCGGUGCUGCAGUCUCAGAGCUGCAAUUCAAUAUCAUACACGAGGAACAACCCUUUAUCGCAAGUGAUCUAAAGAUUACACCAUUACCUGUGUGGCAUGGCCGUGGUUACCGUUCUCUUGGUUUCCGGUUUGGUAAUGUAUGCUACAUAAGCGACGUUAGUGACAUCCCUGAAGAAACUUACCCUCUUCUUCAAGAUUGUGAACUUCUUAUCAUGGAUGCUCUGAGGCCUGAUCGUUCUUCAUCAACACACUUUGGCCUUCCAAGGGCGUUAGAGGAAGUACGGAGAAUCAAACCAAGAAGAACUCUGUUCACAGGGAUGAUGCAUUUGAUGGAUCACGAGAAGGUUAACGAAGAACUCGAAAAACUCGCAGCCACGGAAGGUAUCGAUGUUCAAUUGAGCUACGACGGCCUUCGUGUACCGAUCUCUCUAUAACCGGUUCAAACACACUUCAUACCGGGGGAGUUUCAUUUUUUUUUGUACCGGUUUAUAGAAUGACAGCAUUCUUUCACCACAAAAGUGGGUUUAUGAGAACCGGGUCAAUUCAUGGUCUUUGAUAACCGGGUUUCGAGAACCGAUUUGGUUAUGUUUGAUAGUGGGUAGAGAUAGGGCUGGCACGGAUCGAAUAUCCGUAAUUUUGGGAUACUCGAUUGCAAACCCGUGUUUCCCGGGUUUUGAAUUCGUA